AGUGAUACUUUAAGUGUCUUGUACACGGUUAAUGCUGUUGAAGAUGGCAGUGGAGAUGGAUUGCUCAAAGCAAAAAGAAACUACUCGUGUUUCUUUGACGUUGAACAGUGAAGACGUUAAUGAUAUAUAUACGGAAAAAUAUGAAGGAGAACAAAAGAAAGCGUUAAGAAACGGUUAUGGUGUUUAUCAUUACAGUAACAAAUUUUUUGAAUACGAAGGAGAAUGGGUAAAUAGUAAAAAGCAUGGAUUUGGAACAUUAACAUUAAAAGAUGGAAGCUAUUACAAAGGAAACUUCUAUAAUGGGGAAAUAGAAGGCAGUGGUUUUAAAUAUUUUGCUAGAACACAAGAUAAAUAUACUGGAGAGUUCAAAGCAGGAGAACUUCAUGGGCAAGGGAUAAUGGAAUAUAAAAAUGGUUUCGUUUAUGAUGGAAAUUGGUGUGAAAAUAAGAAAGAAGGAUAUGGAGAAUUAAAGUUUCCAGAUGGUUCUGUAUACAAAGGCUACUUCCAUAAUCACAAACGACAUGGCACAGGAACAUUUGAAAUGAAAAAUGGUACUACAUAUACUGGUGACUGGAUAUGUGAUCGCCGUCAGGGCCAAGGACACACAAAAUAUUUGGAUGGGACAGAACAUGAGGGUCAAUGGGCAAAUGAUGUAAUAAGUGGAUACGGUUGUAUCAAACAUAUUUCUGGUAUCACCUACACUGGAUUAUGGAUCAAUGGACUUCCAGAAAAAAUGGCUACAAAGCUAACAUUUGGUAUACACAUGGAUGUUCUAAUUGUUGAUGAAUUUGAAUCUUUUGACAUAGUUGUACAAUGCAAAGAUGAUGAGGAUACAAUUAUACCAGAACAAGGAAGACAAGUUGAAAUUUUGCUGGCAAUUAAAAGUGAAGAAAUCAGUGGAGCUUCUCUGCAUGAGUCAUCAUCAAUAUCACCAGCGGGUUAUACUAUUAUACAAAAUUUGGGAGAGAUUCCUUCAGCUGAGGAUGAAUUAGAAGAUAGCACCCCAGAUUUUCAAGGCUUGAAUCUUGAAUCAGAUAACUCUCCUCACUUAUUGAAUAUAUAUCCAAAACGAAGCGUAGAUGGAAUAGUAAAAUGGUCAAAUUUAGCAAUAUAUCAAGAAUUACCAUGCACAGCAUCUAGCUCUGUAAUUCAAAAGUGGUCCGGUAUUUCUGAGACUACUCAACAGUAUUUGCUGAUUGCGCAAGAUAUUUCUUAUCCUAUUUUUCUAAAUCACCAACUCAAAUCCGCCUACUUAAAAAUUCACAUGAAUCAAAAGAAAGUCUCAUUCCCAAAACUAGUGUGAUUCUGACGUGUGUCUUCUAUAUUUGUUAAUAGUAUUCACACUUGUUCAGAGUAAAUUUCAAUAGAAGUACAGAUGUGAUUCUACUUGUAGCUGUGAAUAUUUUAAGCUAUUUCAAGAAAUAUUUUAAUGAGGAAAUCCUUGGGGAAGAUUCACAGCAUAUCUUUACUUGUAUAUAUUACACAAAAAUAGAUAACAUACCA